AUGGCGCCCAAAAUUGAAGCCCAGGAGAUUGAAACAUACUGGAACAUCUUUUGCGAUCGCACAGGCGGUGGCAAAUACCUUACCGGCGAGCAGGCUGCGCCCGUGCUCAAGAACUCUGGCCUGCGCGAUGACCAGCUAGAAAGGAUCUGGGAUCUGGCCGAUGUGGACAAUGAUGGCAACCUGGACUUUGAAGAGUUCUGCGUUGCUAUGCGCCUCAUUUUCGACGUCUUGAACGGAGAGUACCAAGACGUUCCCAAGACUUUGCCCGACUGGCUGGUCCCCGAGUCCAAGGCACAUCUUGUCCAGGCGACCCGGGCCAUUAGCGGCAACCAGCCCCAGUUCGAACAAGUCGAGGAUGACGAUGACGAGUCCGCUGGUCUCAAGGACGGCUUUGACUGGUACAUGAAGCCUGAAGACAAGACCAAAUAUGAACAAAUCUACCAAGAGUCGCGUGACAUGCGCGGUGAAGUAAACUUCCAUGGCCUUGGAGACUUGUACGAGUCCCUCGACGUUCCCGACACCGACAUCCGAUCCGCAUGGAACCUCGUCAACCCUUCUGCCAACGAGACCAUCAACAAGGACGCCUGCCUCGCAUUUCUGCACAUUCUCAACAACCGUCACGAUGGAUUCCGCAUCCCGCGUACGAUCCCCGCGUCGCUGCGCUCCAGCUUCGAGCGCAACCAGAUCGACUACCAGCUCGACAGCCAACGAAACACGGGUGCCAACUCGCGCUGGGCGAACAAGGCCGACGACUCGACGAGCACGGGCCGCAAGACCAAGUUUGGUGAGCAGUACCUGACGCGCCUCGGCCGCAGCGGCUUCAAGACUGCCGGCACGGACUUUUCGACGGAGAAGACGGAGGACUGGGAGGAGGUGCGGCUGAAGCGCAAGCUGGCGGAUCUCGAGGACAAGAUUCACAAGGUGGAGGAGAUUGCCGAGCGCAAAAGGGGCGGCGCGCGCGACUCGAAGCCCGCGCUCGUCAAGAAGGAGCUCGACCAGCUCCUCGACUACAAGCGCCGAGAGCUGCGCGAGCUCGAAGAGGGCACGGGCAAGAGCGCCGAGGGCUCUGGGCUCAAGAGCAUCUCGGAGGAUCUACAAACGGUCCGCGAACAAGUCGAGGGCCUGGAGACGCAUCUAAGUUCGCGACAGCAGGCGCUGGAGCAGAUACGACAAGAAAUCGAGGCAGAAAAGAGUAGAUAG